UUAAGACUCCAAGAACCGGUACCCUGGUUUGUCCUAGUUGAGGAUAAGUGGGCUAGCCUUGCUCUAUUGUUCGUACAUCGGCCGGCAAGACGAACCACGAGGCAUCUGAUUCACCUUCAGCCUCCUUGGCCCAGAUUCUGAUCUGUAGGGUCUAGACUUCCCUCCCUUCAUCAUUCACUCGCUCCCCUAUACGAUAUAACCAUGCUAUAUCACUAGCGUCGAUCUCAGCCUUCAUUUACAUAUAUACUCUUGCCAAACUGAGGGUCACUAGCCUAAGCAAACUAUCAAAGACGUCAACCCUCUUUCUAUGAGCUGUAUUUCAUCUGGCCUCUGCCGACUCCACCCAGCCUACGUCCUUUUCUCAAGGUGAAGUACUUCAUCACCCUGACUCGUCAAUCUUUGUGUCGGUCACUCCCGUCUCAUCCAACUCAUACGGCACAUACCGGGGUUAUAGCUCUAGAGCUCAAUUCGAAUCAACUACUUGGCACAUUCUCCACCUUGUUCCCGAUCAAGUCACCAUGUCGAAGAGUAACGUUCUCAUCUAUAUCAUACGCCACGACUUGCGAGUCUCUGAUAACCCUAUUCUACACCACCUUGCUUCUAAGUCCGACCAUGGGUUCACACAUGUCCUUCCCCUUCUCGUAUUACUCCCGCACAACAUCGAGGUUUCAGGAUUCUUAAAGGAGGGGAGCCGGUCUCCUUUUCCUGAAGCUAAAAGCGAAAUCGGACGCUAUUGGAGAUGUGGGCCGCAUCGAGCUAAGUUUAUCGCCCAAUCGAUUUGGAACAUGAAAGAAAACCUCGAAGGCCUAGGAAGCAACCUGACGAUUAGAAUUGGUAAAUAUGAUCAAGUACUAAAAAUAUUAGUUGAGGGUUUACGGCAGAAUGAACUCGAUGUUGGUGGAGUAUGGACAAUAGGAGAAGAAGGUUACGAGGAGAAAUUAGAUGAAAAGCUUAUCUCAAAGACUUGCUCGGGUCUAGGUAUAGAUUUUCAAACAUGGGUUGACGAAAAGUACUUCAUUGAUGACCGGGAUCUUAAGCUUGAAUCACCCCAAGACCUUCCGGACGUAUUCACUACAUACAGGAAGAUGAUGGAACCCCUUCGUGAAAAGCCUAGAGCAACUCUACCUAGCCCGUCAAAAGAUACGUUACCGAAACCAAUUGAAGAAUCCAAAACUCCUAGUCAAGAAGUGCCCUUCGGAGUUCCGUCGUCGUUUGAGGAUUUCGAGGAGGCUCUAUUGCGCCCUAUCAAUGGAGUCCUGUCUGGAGCCCCACCGUUCCCCGAAGGAGCGAAGUCGGCACACCCCUUCCGCGGUGGGGAAGACAACGCUCAUAACAGAUUAAUCUAUUUAAUCAAGUCAGGAAAUGCCUACUCAUAUAAGAGCUCACGAAAUGGGCUACUAGGCAGUGAUUUUAGCACCAAACUCUCCGCCUACCUUGCGCAAGGAUGCAUUACCGCUCGGCAAGUUCACAGUCGACUAGUUGCGUAUGAGGAUGGGAUAGACGAAUCACUAGCCGAGUCGCAAGGUUAUGGCGAUGGCGAAAAUGAAGGGACGAAGGCAAUACGAUUUGAGUUAUUAUGGCGUGACUACAUGAGGCUGUGUACUAGAAAGUUCAAAGCGAAACUCUUCCUACGGUCCGGGUUCCGCAAUGACGAUUCCGAUAAAUGGAAAUCGGCCAAGCAAGAGGAUAUUGCGGAUAGCCAACAACAGCCAGCGGAGGAGAUAUCGAAGACAGUGCAAAGGAUAUUUGACGGUACUACUGGGAUGGGACUAAUCGAUGCUUCCCAACGAGAAUUGUUGCAUACCGGGUAUACAUCGAACCGUGCCCGACAGAAUGUCGCGAGUUUCCUUGCCAAACAUCUCAGCAUCGAUUGGCGAUACGGGGCUGAAUGGUAUGAAAUGUUGUUGGUUGACUAUGAUGUUUCAUCAAAUUGGGCGAAUUGGCAGUAUGUAGCUGGAGUCGGAAAUGACCCACGUGGUGAAGCGCGUAUAUUCAACCCGGUCAAGCAAGCUUUCGACUAUGAUAAAAAUGGUGAAUACGUACGGGCUUGGGUACCGGAGGUGCGGAGGAUUGAGAAGUUAGAACAUGUCUUCCAAGCUUGGACGACCCCCAAAGAAGAUUGGGAUCGACUUGGUCUGACAGGACUCCCAAUGGCCGAGGACCCGGUAAAGAAAAUUGAUUUUUCUGUCGAAGGCAAACCCAAGAAUCCCAGGAGACCGUUCAUCCGGCGACGCGGCCCUGGGCGCGGGGGAAGUAGCCGGACGCAUCAAUCACUUCCGGACGCACAACUACAGGAUACCACUAAUACUCCUCCCACCAACAGACCCAACGAGAAUGAAAAGCCGGUUGACGGGCCGCGAAAUACGUAUAACCAACAAAAUAUACCUGAAAACCCUCGUGGCAAUUUCCGCGGCGGUUACCGCGGUGGGCGUGGAUAUGGCGGAGGCUAUCGGAAUCGGGGUUAUCGUGGUUCAAGAGGAUAUCGUGGAGGUCGUGGAGGUCGUGGAGGUCGAGGCUCGUCGUCUAACUACGGCCAACCGGUUCCAAUACAACAGAUGGCUCCAGCCGAGCAAGCGCAAUAGGAUUCGUUGUAUCGUGCGCCGAGCUAUCUAUACUCCGGUCCACCGAUUAUGUUGUACUCUCCUGUCGAAUAUUUCCCCCAACCAUCCUACUUAGAGGUACGGCGUACAAACAGCAAUUCACAAAACGCAAGUUUCGAAUAUUUCCAAAACGCGGCGUUGACCAUACGAUCGCGUUCCUUAUGAAAUAGGCGGGUAGGUGUUAUAAGAAAAUGGUUUUCCAUGGAUUAAAACUGUUAGAUUCAAUCAUCUAACAACGACACAUAGCUUUCCUUAAUUUC